AUGGCAAACACAAUGGUCACAACACACUAUGCCCACGCACCUCAGCAGAGCCUUCAGUACGGCUACAUGCCUCCACCUUCACCGCCCAUGGAUGAGGCAGCAAAGUGCUCGCUCCCGUCCAUCUCGAACCUCCUCGGGCUUGCGGACCAAGGAUCGCCGACUUCGGAAACGUCGCCCCAGUCUCAGCAGCAGCAGCAGCAGCAGCAGCAGCAGCAGCAGCAGCAAUCGCAAGCAUCCAAGCCGGAGACGAGGCCCAACUCUUCGCACUACACCAACCCGGCAACCCUCCGGACAGGACUCCCGCCCAGCCCGCCCAUGUCCUCGGAUGCGUCCUUUGAGGGGUUCAACUCGCCAUCGACUAGGUCGGUGAGCCAAGUGCCGAACGGGUCGAACUACUACUUCGAGGCCACGCCACCGCUUCAGAUGGAGGCCGAUGCACGGCAGAUGACCGCCACAGCCGCAGUCCCGCGGGUUUCUGUCCAGGCCUCAGCAUACCAGCCCCAGUACGCCCCCGGUCCUGCGUACAUGAGCCAGCCGGCCAUGCCCUCGUACUAUCCUCCGAUGCAAUCCGCGGCGCCACCGCAGACGCAAAUGUCUGGUCUCUACUACCAGCGUGCGCUCCCUCAGUCCUUCCCGCCUUCGAUGCCCAUGUCGGUGACUCUUGCGCCGACGGCCGGCAACCCCUGGCAGCACCAUCACUACAUCGCCCCAUCAGCGUCGGCAUCCUUUCCCCAGAGCCAGGACCGGUACAUUUGCCAAACGUGCAACAAGGCCUUCUCGCGGCCCAGCUCGCUGCGGAUUCACAGCCACUCGCACACGGGAGAAAAGCCGUUCAAGUGCCCGUUCCCCGGUUGCGGCAAGGCCUUCAGCGUGCGCAGCAACAUGAAGCGGCACGAGCGUGGCUGCCACAACUACGACAGCAGCAGCACUACCAGCAGCACCAGCAGCGCCGGCGGGAGCCGCCCCUAA